AUGAAGCUGGCAAAUAUUCGACACAGCUUCCAGGCGGUGUUUCUGACCGCCUCAUUAGCAAGCACGGUCAUGGCGGAAACAGCUGAAGGAUGUUCUCUUGCGUACAGACAAAACAUCGCCGCUGCAGUCUCCUGCGGCAGCCGAGAUGCAGUCACUCGCUGUCUUUCGGAUCUCGCAGAGGACCAAGACUUGUUGCAGAACUGUCUUGUUAGUGCAGGCUGCACCCUACAAGACGCCAAGCGCGAGGCAACAUGGGCAGCCAAAAGCUGCAAGAUGAACUCGGACAGUGAAGAAAGCAAUCUCGAGCUGCGGCGACUGCAUAGGCUACAUGGCUUGCGGACAAUUCGAGAAGUUGUCGAGAUCCGAGCAGCCGCUGGCGACGACGACAAAACAACCCUCUCAACCUCCAAAACUUCCGACAUUACAGCAGAAGCCUCCACGACAAAUUCAUGGGUCAUGGUCAACCAUGUCAAAGGCACGACCUACACGACCGUCACCUGUAUGACACCGACCACCGUCGCGACCUCUGCUUGCUCUUUCAUCAACGACGCGGAUGACACUCAGUGCGUCGCAACCACAGCAGUCAUCCCCACCUGCCUGCCGGGCCUUAUGUGCUCCUUCAGCCAGACCAACGGUGCCGUCCGCUGCGCUACACGGGGCGGCAUGGAUACCGGAGGCUUCAUCGUCGCGGGCGUGCUGGGGGUCGCAGUCGCCCUCUCGGUCGUCACGGUCUGCUUCAUGUGCUGCCGCGAGCGCCGCGCGCACAAGAGGGACCGGCGCGCCGCCGAGGCCCAGGCCGCGCUGGCGGCGGUGGAUGAGGCCAAGAAGGCUUCGCGUGCCGGCACUGGCAUGGCUGGUGGUGAUUACGUGCCUUUGAUGGGUGCUGGUGGUAGUGGGCCGAGCCGGGGACGUCCUGGCCAAGCUGACCCUUUCAACGAAGGGCAGCAGUAUUACGACUCUAGGUGA